AGGGUCCCAACGGGGCGCUCACUCCGGGCUAGCCGGGCACGCUUGCCGUCCUGGGCAGGCUGGAUCCCCGUAGAGCGUCGCUGCCGCUCAGUACUGCGGGAGUGAGGCGUUGCCACGCCCUAAGCGGAUGGCCAGGGCUCGAGGCCACCCCCCGAGGCGGGGGGGGUGGGGGGCUUUCUUUGAUUUUUGCUGUACCUCACACGGACGCUCGGCCACCCCCGAUUUCGUCUCCUGCUCUGCCCACCCGGUCGCCGGGGAGGCGUGGUGUGUCUGUCUGCGGGGCAGCGCGCUCAACUAGGGUGGGGCCGGGCGACGCGGAGAAUGGAUUUUGCUUGGUUGAACCGGAGUCUGGCUGCGGAGAGGGGGAGGGGGGAUAGGAGAGCGAUUGUCGCGCGGUCGAAGUACGUGCUUUGGCUGUAAAAUACCCCUCCUUGAAUUCUGCCCCACCCCCUUCCCGCUGGCCCGAGUCCCCUGCGCACCCAGCCGCAGCCUCCGUCGGCGGUGAACCCGUAGCCCAGCCCAGCUGCUGCCGCUCGUACCUAGAAACCCUCUGCCACAGGGUGGGCGCCUAGCGCCUUCCUCCUCCCAUGGGGACCCCAGCCUCCUGCCACGAGCAGCUGUUCUCCCGGGAAACGCCCAAUUUCCAUUUUUCUGACCCUGGAAAACCCAAGCCCUGCAGGCUGUGCCCCGGUCAGGCGGCCCUAAAAGCUCCCGAAGAUUUGGUUGUCGCAACUGAGUGGAAGGUUUUUUAUUGUGAGGUGCGUCUCUGCGGUUGGCUAAAUGCAGCCUUCUUCUUGUCGCAGUUUUGGGAGGUCAUCAGUGAUGAGCAUGGUAUCGACCCCACUGGCAGUUACCAUGGCGACAGUGACUUGCAGCUGGAGAGAAUCAAUGUCUACUACAAUGAAGCCACUGGUAACAAAUAUGUACCUCGGGCCAUCCUGGUGGAUCUGGAGCCUGGCACCAUGGACUCAGUCAGGUCUGGGCCAUUUGGCCAGAUCUUCAGGCCGGACAACUUCGUGUUCGGCCAGAGUGGUGCCGGCAAUAACUGGGCAAAGGGCCACUACACAGAGGGAGCAGAGCUGGUGGACUCCGUGCUGGAUGUGGUGAGGAAGGAGUCUGAGAGCUGUGACUGUCUCCAGGGCUUCCAGCUGACCCACUCGCUGGGGGGUGGCACGGGGUCCGGGAUGGGCACGCUGCUCAUCAGCAAGAUCAGGGAGGAGUACCCCGACCGCAUCAUGAACACCUUCAGCGUUAUGCCUUCUCCCAAGGUGUCAGACACCGUGGUGGAACCCUACAAUGCCACCCUCUCUGUCCACCAGCUGGUGGAGAACACCGAUGAAACCUACUGCAUUGACAAUGAGGCCCUGUAUGAUAUAUGUUUCCGCACCCUGAAACUGACCACCCCCACAUAUGGGGACCUCAACCACCUGGUGUCGGCCACCAUGAGCGGGGUCACCACCUGCCUGCGUUUCCCAGGCCAGCUGAAUGCAGACCUCCGCAAACUGGCCGUGAAUAUGGUGCCCUUCCCCCGGCUGCACUUCUUCAUGCCCGGCUUUGCCCCCCUGACCAGCCGGGGCAGCCAGCAGUACCGGGCCCUGACCGUUCCUGAGCUCACCCAGCAGAUGUUCGACUCCAAGAACAUGAUGGCUGCCUGCGACCCCCGCCAUGGCCGCUACCUGACGGUGGCCGCCAUCUUCCGGGGCCGCAUGUCCAUGAAGGAGGUGGACGAGCAGAUGCUCAACGUGCAGAACAAGAACAGCAGCUACUUCGUGGAGUGGAUCCCCAACAACGUGAAGACGGCCGUGUGCGACAUCCCACCCCGCGGCCUCAAGAUGUCCGCCACCUUCAUCGGCAACAGCACGGCCAUCCAGGAGCUGUUCAAGCGCAUCUCCGAGCAGUUCACCGCCAUGUUCCGGCGCAAGGCCUUCCUGCACUGGUACACGGGCGAGGGCAUGGAUGAGAUGGAGUUCACCGAGGCCGAGAGCAACAUGAACGACCUGGUGUCCGAGUACCAGCAGUACCAGGACGCCACGGCCGACGAGCAAGGGGAGUUCGAGGAGGAGGAGGGCGAGGAUGAGGCUUAAAUUCAGAACUGAAAGCAGGUUAGGGAAAGAUGUAGGAGGAAAGCUAGGGGGAGGGGGGCGAACGGGUGAAAUCUCUGGCAGUUGAAGAAGCAUGGUAUAUUUAGGUGUGCACUAGGUCUCUGGUGCUCUUCACUGUUGCCUGUCACUUUUUCCCCCCUUUUUUAUUUUAUUUUAUUUUUUGUAAUAUUGAUUACAUCAGUGUAACAUUUGCAAUGUCUCUUAACUAGUGUUGUAAUGGCUAAAAUCACAUAAACGUUUGUGUCCUUGA